GUCCUGGAAGCCAUGCGUCGGAAGACGGUCCGAGCGGAUGUGAUCCACUACAACUGCGUUCUCACGGGUUGUCGAAGAUCAGGAUCAUGGUUGGAGGGCCUCCAGCUGCUCUGUCGACUGCGAGCGCUACCCCUCGCCGAGCAGCCCCUCAGUCGGCGCCUCGCCAUUUCGGCAGCUGCGCGGGGAGAGUAUUGGCAGUGGGCCGCCACGCUGCUUCGAGAGAUGCCAGCAGCCACACUGCGCGCGGACGUUCAAAGCUAUACGGCUGCCAUCGGCAGCAGUGGUUCAUGGCCCUGGGCACUGGAGCUCGUGUGCUCUGCUGUGAAGGCAGAGGUGCUUCCCGAUGUGGUCUGCUUCAGUGCCCUCAUCUCCUCCUGUGAGAAAGGUGGGCACUGGCGACUGGCCUUAUACGUGCUGACGUGGAUGGAGAUGUCUCGGAUCUCACCCGACCGCAUCUGCUUCAACGCGGCCAUCAGUGCAUGUGACAACGGCUCGGAGUGGGAGCACGCUCUGCACUUGCUCAGUUACAUGCAGCUGGCCCGCCUGCAAGCCAAUGAUAUCGGGCACAAUGCUGCCAUCUCUGCAUGCAGCCGGGCUCGACGUUGGCAGCGUGCUCUAGCACUGCUGCCCUGGAUGGCACAGGAUUCUGUUCAUGCGACCAGAAUCAGCUUCAACAGUGCCAUUGAGUCCUGCGAGAUGCAGUGGAAGGUGACUGUGGACCUGCUCGCAGCAAUGCAGCGCGCCGACAUCGUCCCGGAUGACAUGAGCCACGGCCGGGCCCUAGCCUCGUUGGCGCGCGGGGCUCAGGGUUGGGCCUUGGCCCUGUC